CGCAGUCUGUAACUGUCGCAAAGUUGGCAAAGAGGAAGUGACGUAAAAUAUGCGCAUGCGUGUUACGGAUCGGGUUUCCGGCACGGGCAUCGCCGUCAGCGUGGAAAGACGUUACUUGUGUUUUAUGUGAAAGGUCGCUGUGUCUAACAGAUACACGGAGGUCGAGUUUUUAUAAACAUUAAAUCAGUGUCAGCUGCUGAAGGAGACGUUUGUGAUUCCAGCACAAAAUGCCUCAUCGAAAGAAGAAAUCAUUCAUCGAAAAGAAGAAAGCGGUGACCUUUCACCUGGUCCACAGGAGUCAGAGGGACCCUUUGGCUGCAGAUGAAACAGCACCACAGCACGUCCUCCUGCCUGCCACUAAGGCAGAGGCAGAGAAGAGGCGUGAGGAGCAGAGACAGUUUGGUGUUUUCUUCGAUGAUGAUUAUGACUACCUGCAGCACCUGAAGGAGGCGUCGGGCCCCUCAGAGCUGGUCACAGCUGAACCCACGAUUCACCGCCGACAUGAAGAAGAUGAGGAGUGUGAAAAGAUUACAGACAAGAAUGUUCCUGAAGCUUCUAUCCACCUGCCCUCUUCAGUGUUCGCCUCAGAGUUCGAGGAAGAGGUGGGACUUCUGAACAAAGCUGCACCUGUUUCAGGACCCCGACUGGACAUGGACCCAGAUAUCGUGGCAGCUCUGGAUGAAGACUUUGACUUCAGCAACCCUGACAACAUGCUAGAGGACGACUUCAUCAUCAGAGCCAACUGUGCAGCCGGAGGCUGGGUGGAAGGACGUGACGACGACGACGAUGAUGAUGAUGAGUGGGAGGACACGGACGAUGGAGACUUUGACUCAGAAGGAGGAUUUUCAGGAGAUGAACACGCUGAAGGAGGUGGUGGAGAGUUGCUGUUCAUGGACGAGGAGACGAAGAGUCGCUUCACAGAGUACUCCCUGUCUUCGUCUGUGAUGAGGAGGAACCAGCAGCUCACCCUGCUGGACGAGCGCUUUGAAAAGUUUUACCAGCAGUUUGACGAUGACGAGAUUGGCGCUCUGGACAACGCUGAGCUGGAAGGUUUCAUCGCUCCAGACAGCGAGCGCUUGGAGGUGGUCAUCAGAGAUUACUUCACACAGAAAGCUAGAGUCUCCCUGAGACCUGAAGACCUGGGUCCUAAAGAGCUACCUGUCGUGAACGAAGAGGUGGAAGAAGAAGAGAUGGAGACCCUUGUUGUGGAGGCUCCACAGGACAAGUGGGACUGUGAAACCAUCAUCAGUACUUACUCCAACCUGUACAACAGGCCCAAGGUCAUUGAAGAACCAUCAAAGCCAAAGCCCCUCCGUGUCUCCAGUAAGACCGGCAUUCCUCUGGACGUCCUCCCCACCAGAGGUCUCACAGCCAAACAGGAAGAACGGAUGACGAGAAUCAACAACUCAGACCUGCCGCGAGUCUCCACUCAGACCCGGAACAAGGAGGAGAGCACAGAGGAGAGGAGGUCGAGGAAACAGGCCAUCAAGGAGGAGCGCAAGGUCAGAGGUUACGGUCAGGAACUGGGUGUUUUUCUGCUGCUGCUCCACCUCCGUAGAGACCAGCUCCAACAUUUCCUCAGUCAUUGGCCUGUCUUAGAAGUUCUUGAUGAGGGACAUUAGUGUUCUUAGGACAACAACCUGAGGAAGAGCUGCAGUCUGCUGGAGUACUCGUGUCAGCUGGAACAUCUCAUCCUGACUGUCUCUCUUUUCUGUCCAGGAGAGAAGAGUAGAGAAGAAAGCCAACAAGAUGGCGUUCAAGGAGGAGAAAGCUCGUCAGGAGAAGCAGAUGUUACAUCUGAGAACAAACAUUCAGGGUGUGAAGCUUUAGUGUCAGUGGACUGGGUCAGAACGUUUCCAUCAUGUUCUACUGGAGCUUCUCUCUCUCUAAUAAAACAGCUUUGUGACA